AUGCAAAAAAUGCUCCCAACAAAGCCUCUGGUUAAAUUAUCAUAUCUCUACUUGAAACCGUCGAUACCUUCGUCUACUAAUCAUAUAAUUUUAAAUCUUCAUGGUUUCCUGGGAAGCAAAUCUAAUUUUCAUUCAAUUAAUAGAAGACUUUCCAAGGCCAUUAAUGCACAUAUCUUUACAUUUGAUCUACGGAACCAUGGCGAAUCAGAAUUAGCUCAUCCACUUGACUAUGAAACCUUAGCAAAUGAUUUCAUUCAUUUUCUUGGCUCCAAUGAAAAGCAAUUUAAGAAUAAGUCAAUCGAUAUCAUUGGCUACUCUAUGGGUGGUAAAGUGGCCCUUUUGAGCUCUUUGAAGUUGAAUAAGUCAAAGAACUUCCAAAUUAGAAAAAUUAUAAGUGUGGAUAUGCCGCCUUACGAGGUUGCGGCUCUUCCUGCUGAGAUAUACAAGAAAGUUGACGCUAUCAAAUAUAUCAAUCUCGGUGCUAUCAAAAUCAAAUCAAAUAAAGAUGGAUCUUGGAAAGUCAAAUUGCUCGAAAUGUUAGGUCCUUAUUUCACUGCUGGAUUCAUGAAAGUAAGAGCUAAUUAUAAAGGGGGAGGCUUGGUCAAAUAUUACUUGCCCUUAGAAGAAUUUCCAAGUUUGUUUGACGAUUUGAAAGAUUGGCCUGUUACUGAAGAAAAAUCCAACGCUGAUGUCCUCUUUAUAAGGGCAUUGAAAUCUAAUUUAAUAAAAGAUGAUUAUUCUCUUUUGGAGAGGAACUUUAAAAGGGUUAAGGUCAAAGAAUUUGAUUCUGACCAUAAUAUUCUCUUCAAUAAUUUUGAAAAUUCAAUUACUUGUAUAAUAGACUUCCUACAGGAUAAAUUUUGA